AUGAUGGUUUUAUCCCCUUCUUCCCCAUUCCGGUCACUUGUUGGCGUGCAUUUCGCUUCUCCCGUUUUUUCGUUCAAAGCCCUCCCUAUUGCCGCCAACGUCUCAAAAACUCGCGAAGCUGCAUCUUAUAAGGUGAAUCCUGACGGGUCCCGUUUCUUACGGCUGACGUCCGCUAUUUCCGCGUCGCUUAGUGACGACGACGCUUCUGGAAGUAGCAAUGGUAGCAACUCUAGUAGUAGUGGUAGCGCGUUUGGCGGCCCAGGCGUGGCGCAAGCGCUGUGCGAACUCAAACCCGCCGCGGCGCCGACCAUCAAUGUGUCGCAGCAGGCGCAGCAGCAGCAGCAGCAGCAGUCCCCGCGCCAGCUGUCCCUCUCGUUCUUUGCGCGCGCCAGCCUGUGCGCGGAAGGGGAAGAGGGCGCGGAAGGGGAGGCGGAGCGGCUGUUGAAGGUGCUGCUGCUGGCAGUUCCGCUGAAUGCUUCCGGCCCCGCCACAGCAGGGGGAGAUGGAACAACUGGGGGAGGGGGGGAAGGAGGAGCAGGGGAGCAGGUGUGGGCGGAGUGGCGGGUGGGCGUGCCGUGUGGGGGGAGCAGAGCGAGUUUGUCCGGCGCCUUGCCUUGGUUCCAAGUGGGACCCCUCCUCUUCCCCCUCCCUGACCCCCCGGAUUCAUCCUCUUCUUCCUCCGCCUCUUCCCCUUCCUCGCUGGUAGUGCCCCCAGGGGGAGUGGCGCUGCACUUGGUGAUUCGAGCCAACCCGUCCCCCCUCAAAUGCUUCUCCCACUGGCCGCUCUCCAGAGUCCAUCCGCUCCUCACAGCCGGCUCAGCUCGCCGCAAUUCAUCCUCCCUCGCCCUCACCACGCUCUCCAACCUUAACUCUGCUGCUCUUGCGCUGCACCCCGUCCCCUUCGCCCUCCUCGCCCCCGCCACGCCCGCCUCCCCCUGCCGCCCCUUCUCCUUCUCCACCUCCUUCGCCUUCCGCAUCUCCUCUCCCAACGCUGCCGGGCUGGGCGGCGAGGGCUUGGCGUUUGUGAUGCUGCCGACGCCCACGCUCGGCUUGCCCGGGCCCUCCCUGGGCUACGGCCGCGUGCCGCUGCCGCCCGGUAGCACGACUGGUGCUGAUCAUUCCAGUGACGUGUCAUCUCAGCAGUGGAGCAUGGCAGUGGAAUUCGACACAUCCUCUUCUCCUGAAUUCUUCGACCACCCCGACCACCACGUGGGAGUGAACCUGCACGGCAGCAUGCUCUCUCUCGCCUCUGCCCCCGUGCACUCCCUCACUCUUUUGCUCUUCCUCUUCUGCUCUCUUCUGCUGCUGCUCUGCCGUUCUGCUGUGCUGCUGUUGCUGCUGCUGCUGCUGCCUCCCCUAUCCUUCCCCCCCCCAUCCAUGCAGCAGCAGCGGAGCCUGGCAGUGGAGUUUGACACAUCCUCUUCUCCUGAAUUCUUCGACCGGCCCGACCACCACGUGGGGGUGAACCUGCACGGCAGCAUGCUCUCUCUCGCCUCUGCCCCCGUGCACCCCCUCGGCAUUCCCGCCCUCAACGCCGGUCAACCCUUCCUCGCCACGAUCCGAUACAACGCCUCCUCCUCUCAGCUCACCGUCUGGCUCUCCCCCGUCCCCCGCUCCUCCUCUCGCUCUGCUUCUUCCUUCUUCGCUCCCCCUCUCCCGCGCUCGGCCGUGCUCACCACAUUCCUGGACACCUGUGAGUGGCUGGGGGGGAACGACCCACAGGCAGCAGCGCCCCCCCCGCCGCUGUUUGUGGGAUUCACAGCGGCCACGGGCAAGGGGGCGGAGCAGGCCCAGGCGCACGAGGUGCUGGGGUGGAGCUUUGAAGUUGGAGAGGUCAUACCUUUGCAUACUCCCCGUUCCCAUCCUCCCUCCGCCCCAACAGACACCGACCCCUGCAAGGGUUCUCCAGUGCUCCCCUGUGGCACGGGUGCAUGCACCAAGGCACGUGCCCCGUGGGACCCGUCUAUCCUCGUGCCCUCCUGCAAGUGUCCCUUCAAUCUCCCCUCCUUUCAACCUUCACACCUUGCCGGCCUGCCCUCCUGCUUCCCUGGUGAGGCGUGGAGUGGUGGAGUGUGGUAG